CCCGCUUUUUUUGAGUAGCAUCUAAUUCUUAACACUUUCUUUGAUAUCCAGCAUGGAUGAAGUUUCACAUAAUAGAUUGUAUGGACCGCCACAGCGCCUUCCUUUGAAGCUGUAUCCAAGAGAAUUGGAAAGUUUAGAAACUAUAGGGAACAAGAAAUUAAUUAAAGAUUACAAGAAAAACAUCAAGAGUUUCAUGGCAAGACUUGAAUCGAAUAAUGAUAUUAAUCCUGCCAUGAUAGAUCUCCAACCAGAAAUUCAGUGGUUUAUGAGGCCGUUUCUUUUGGACUACAUUAUUGAACUUCACGGUUCAUUCAGGCUCCAAGCCCAAACUUUGUUUCGCUGUUUUAAUAUCAUUGACAGAUAUUGUGCUAAGCGGAUAGUCUUCAAGAGGCAUUAUCAGUUAGUGGGUUGUACUGCUUUAUGGAUAGCUGCCAAAUAUGAAGAUAAAAAGUCACGAGUUCCCACUUUGAAAGAAUUGUCGAUAAUGUGCCGUAACGCAUAUGACGAGGAGAUGUUCAUCCAGAUGGAAAGACACGUACUCUCUACGUUGGAAUGGUCUUUGGAACGUCCAACUCUUGAGGAUUGCCUUCAGUUGGCCAUUGACCUGUUCAUCGGUUUCGAUAGCAUUACUCCUAUCAGAAAUAGCAGUGAUAAUUCUAUUGUGUCUGCUACAACAGCUGUAACUAGAUUUUUGUGUGAAUUGAGUUUGUAUCACAGGGAUUUUUUGAAUUUUGAAACCUGCAUAGUUGCGUCAGCAGCUAAUCUUCUUGCAUUAUCGAUGCUUAAAGUGCCUCAUGGUGCUAACUACGUUCUAGGGCUCAUCAGCACCAAACUCAGAGUAGAGGCUAAUGCCGAUACAGAAGACUUAGAAAACGUCGAGCCAGAAAUUUAUGGUCUGUUCUUAACAGGCUUUGAUGAACAUACACUAAUAAAAGUACGAAGAGUGUCAUUGAUGUUGGCAAUCUUUCUAGAAGAGGCAAGUGAAGUGUUAACAACAAAGUACAAACCCUUGGGUGUUAUGCUGGUUGUUGAGAACUUUAUUGAUACAAACCACCAGAUUUUCGAAAAAUUAAGGGUUCACAAAACUGAUGUUACAAAAAUUGACGAGGAAAAUUUCGAAGCCAACACACCAAUCACUUUACUAGUUGACAUAUUGCUAAAUAUGCAUGAGUCUUAUGAUGGUGAAUUUGUUCAUGAUGCCCCUAUCACACCACCGUCCAUUUCAAGAUCUAUUUUUUCGGACCUACAAGCUUCAUCCCCAUCAUUUGGUACGCCAACGGUUUAUAAUAUUGGGAAGGGAAGUCAGAGUCUGUUGCAUGAUAUAAGGGAACCACAACUGUGUAAAACACUGUUUGCUUAUAAAUUCUCUCCGGAUAGAGAAACUUCAGCUGUUAGAAUGGGUAAUUUUUAAUAUCUAUUAUACCAAACAUACAGCAAAAUGCAUUAUAAUGAAACAAUAACCGCCAUAAUGAAUAAAUACUAAUA